AUGAGUGACUAUUCGUCGUUGAAAGUGGCUGAUUUGAAAGCCGAGUGCAAGAAGCGCGGCAUCCCUCAGACCGGUCUCCGCCUCAAACAGCAUUUCAUUGACAAAUUGGUUGAGCUUGACUCACAAACAAACCAGGAUACAGAUGAAGCAGCAGCUCCAGCAGAAGAAUCCACAGAAUCACAGCCAUCUGCGCCAGAUGCUGUUACGCAAGAAAAGUCGCAGCCCGAACAACCAGAGAAUGAACAGCUUGAACAACCAAGGGAAAAUUCAAUCUCACAACCCGAGGAAACAACAGCAAUUGUGUCAGUAUCGGAUCAAAUUCAAGAUGGACAAAUACAGGCAGAUGAGUCAGCCCAAGAUGAGGCAGUUUCCGCAGCCGAUGUGAAAUCGCAAAAAGUCGAAGAGGUCGCAAAGCCUGUGGAGGAGGCACAAACAGAGACAACUGCCCCCGGAAAUCAAGAUCCUGCAGCUGUACCUGACCAGCCGCCGAUGGAUGAAGCAGCCCAAGUUGCGAAGAACGAGGAACCCAUAAAGCCUCAAGAAAAAUCGAUCUCAACUGCCCAAAUCUCUGAGGUUGACACGGGGAAAUCGACACCUCUCCCAGUGGAAGAGGCAUUGGAAGAUACACGCAAACGGAAACGCCGCAGCCAGAGCCCGGCUCCUACUCUAGAGGAGAUUGCGAAUAGGAAGGCUCGCGCGAAGGAAACUACCCCACGCGUGUUGCUGAAAAACGAUGAGGGGCUCAGUGAUUUAAAGUCUGAAGGCCAAAAGGCAACGGAGGAACACACAGACAAACAACCUAUUGAGACGCAAGCAGACUCGCACAAAACUCCCACCAAGCAAGACGCUCGGUUCCGCAACCUAUUUCCACCUGCUGGUGCAUCCUCCCAACCCGCCUCUCCCCCGAGAGACAUCACAAUGCAGGAUGCGGACAUCACCCCCGCAUUGCACGCUGCAACUUCUGCCCUCUAUAUCGACGGCCUCAUGCGCCCACUCCAGCCAACUGCACUCCGCAAACACCUAGCCAGCCUCGCAUCCACCCCCGAAACCUCAGAUUCCGACGCCAUCAUUGACUUCUAUCUUGACGCUAUCAAAACUCACUGUUUUGUGAGUUUUACCAGUCCCGCAGCAGCCUCGCGGGUUCGUUCUGCCGUCCAUGGGACUGUGUGGCCCAACGAGCGUAACCGCAAAAAUCUCCGAGCAGAUUUUAUCCCCGACGAGAAGAUUAAGGAAUGGAUUGAGACAGAAGAGAAAUCCCGAGACCGAGCUGGCGCUGCUGCCCGUUGGGAAGUGAGAUAUGAGACGUCUGAUGACGGAACUACGGCUACUCUUGCCGAGGUGGGCUCCGCUCCCUCUGGACGACGUGAAUCGGGUUUCAAUCGUACUCCUCCCUUGGGCCCGCGCCGUGAUAUUGAGCAUUUUGGCCGUCGCCCUUCCAAUGCGCCUCUCGCAGUUCCGGCACCCCCGUCGCGACCUGGGCAGGGUUUUAAGCCUCUGGAUGAAUUGUUCGAAUCCACCACUACAAAACCCAAGCUGUACUACCUUCCCGUUCCACGUCCCGUUGCCGACAAACGUCUGGACCAAUUUGACGAGCUUAUUCAGAAGGGCACAUUCCCACGUCGUGGUGGUGAUGAAAUGCGGCGAAUUACUUUCGAAGGUGACGACAAGUUUGUGGACAUUGGGCCGGAACGAUUUGGGCCUGGACCUCGAUCUGGUCCCGGACGUGGACGGGGACGUGGUGGACGGCGUGGAGAUUCAUGGCGCUCUUGA